AUGCUCACCGUCGAUGAAAUCCGGGCUCUUGCAGAUGUGCACCCUGAAUUCGAGCCAAUCGUCAGGGCUCAUAACCCAAUGCUCAAUGGGUGGGACAUGAAUACCGAGCUCGAGGCCUUCAGAGAGAUGAUGGCACAGCUCAGACAGUCCCAGCCCAAGCCUGACCCCGAGACUCUCCUCUAUCAGAUGCAAGACUUCAAGAUUCCUCUUCGAGAUGGCUUUGAAGUCAAUGCACGAUCGUACACUCCAAAGGGUGAUACUCCCUUUGAUGGACGCCCUGGACUGGUCGUCUUUCACGGCGGUGGCUUCGUCACGGGUGAUUUCGAAACUGAGGCUGGCCUUUGUGCAGAGUUCACAAAGCUUGGAGGUAUUGCUGUUAAUGUCGACUACAGGCAUGCACCUGAGCAUGUCUUUCCUCAGGCUAUCAAUGAUGCUUUUGAUGCAACUGUUUGGGCCUCUCAGAACGUAGAGAAGCUUGGUAUCAAUCCUUCUAAGGGCUUCAUCAUUGGAGGUACCAGUUCAGGGGCAGAUAUUUCCCUGGCUGUUUCGAACUUAUACCACGAUGCUAAGAACGAACCUCAUCUCACGGGCGUCUAUGCCCCAAUCACUUCUGGUGUAAAUGAUCAGACAGUCCCUGAGAAAUACAAGAAUCACUUCAUCAGUAUGGAGCAGUGUGCCAAGGCUCCUGUUUUCAGCGCAGAGUCGAUGAAGUUUGUCCACUCCAAGUACAAACCCGACAUGAAGAGCCCUUUGGCAUCUCCGGUUGCAUUUCCCAGCCACACGGGACUGCCCAAGACUUACUUCCAAGCUUGUGGUUUGGACCCCGUUCGAGACUGCAGCAUUGUACUUGAGCAGGUCUACAGAGAUGCAGGAGUCCCUACCAAGAUGGAUAUUUACCCUGGUCUACCCCAUGCGUUCUGGGCUAUGUUUCCCGAACUUGAGAUUUCGCAGAAGCGUGAGAGGGAUGCUGUCGAAGGUCUGAAGUGGCUGCUUGAGUGA